AUGGAGCAUUUUCAGCACACGGCUCAUAUCGGAACCCACUCACUAAGCUACGCUUUGCGGGGCAAGAAAAGGUCACCUGGGGAUCCCUUGGUGGUCAUCAUUGCUGGAAUCACCUGCAGCGCAUUGGAAUGGAGCGCGGUAUGUCGGCAUCUUGAGGCCGAGAUGUCAAUUUUAUUAUACGAGCGAUCGGGUUACGGACGCAGUGAGGAGUCGCCAAACGAGCCUGACUCCCUUACCGUUGUGGACGAGCUUAAUCGUCUGCUGGUAGUUGCCGCCCUAGAGCCACCGUAUCUUGUUGUGGGCCACAGCUGGGGCGGUAUUCUCUCUCGAGAAUUUAUUGCUGCGCGACCGGUUGAGGAUAUCUGUGGGCUUGUCAUGGUGGACCCUGUACAGGAACGCAUGCGAUUUGAGAUCUGGCCAGACCCCAGCAUUGAAGCCGUCACAGAAGGACUAGACUACAUGGAAGUGGUUGGACUGACAAAAAGCUACAAAUUGUCAGAGUCGGAAUGGACCGAUCUUAUGGCAGAGGAAGCUAGCGAGAAACACACUCGGCAGGCAGCUCGAGAGAUGCCAUAUUUGCAAGUCAGCCGCGCUGUAAUUGCAAAGAAGCAGCAAUUAAUUCCUGGCCAAAAUGUGUUAAAGGGAAAGCCAGUUUCCGUGCUCAUGGGUAACUCGAAACGUGAUGUUGAGCGUCUAUACAAAGCGGGCGUGGACAAAGGACAAGGAACAGAAGCCCAGCGAGCGAGGUGUCGUGAAUACUUGGAGCAGUGGGAUCAGACCGAGGAAGACUGUCAACGGGAGCUGCUUCAUCUAUCGACCACGACACGCUUCACGACAGCAACGCUGAGUGGCCAUAAUGUCCAGAUCACGGAGCCAGAACGCAUUGCAGAUGAGAUUCGUUGGGUGUUACAGAAUGGCAAUCCCUAA